AUGGUGACUCAAGACCAAGGGGAGCGUCUCUACCAAGGAGUCUGCAACGAGGUGACACACCACCUCAGAAACAAAGUACGCCCUUUCAUCUUAGAGAAAGUUGACGACGACUUUUUGCUGACGCUUGUGAAAGCAUGGGACGACCACAAGAAGAUCAUGAAACUGAUUGAGGACGUCCUAAUGUACAUGGACCCAAUUUUCGUUGUAAAAAGGCAAUGUGACAGCGUUAAAAAACUGGGUUUGUUGCUGUUUCUUGACGAGGUGGUCCGCUACGCCGAUGUGCGGGAGCGCCUUCGAGAAUGCAUGAUUGGCAUGAUCAAAAGAGAGCGAGAAGGCAAAUCAGUCGACAGGCAUUCUUUCGGAAAAACGUGCGAAAUGUUACUUGUGCUUGGACUUGAAUCAAGGUCAGUUUAUGAGGAAGAUUUUGAAAAGGUGUUUCUUUUGGAGUCGGCGAAGUUCUAUGCUUUACGGGGCCAGGAGUACAUGAAAACGAAGACUGUUUUCGGGUACCUCACUAAAGUUGAACAGCACAUCGCGGAAGAGGCAGAGCGGGCGAAACACUACCUAGACGAGUCCACCGUGGUUUCGGUCAUAGAGGUCGUAAGGAAUGAGCUCUUCGGGAAUCUUUUGAAGGCCAUCGAGGACAUGAACGACAUGGAUGUCGACGAUAUGGUCAAGAGCCGGAUGGACACGGAAGACCUCACGCGAGUAUUCUGGUUGCUUAAGUACGUUCCAGGUGGCGUGAAAACGUUGCUCAUCAGUGUGACCAAGCAUGUGCGCUGUUUGGCGACACCUGCGUUGAAGAAUGACGAAGACUCAGUGAGCAUGAUACCCAAAGUGACAGACCUAAAAAAACUUUUUGACCACUUUCCUUUACAGUUUUUCAAGAACGAGCACCUAGCCAAGCAGACCAAGGCCACAGACGUGGCGUACAUACUCAGCUGGCCUAGCUUAGCUUCCAAGCUGCCCAUGCAUCUGUGGGUGUUCGUAGACGACAUUAUCCAACAAGGUGUUAAGAACAUGACGAAGCAGGAGAUCGACGAGCUGCUCGACAAGAUUAUCGAAAGAUUUUGUUGCGUACAGGAAAAAGAUCGUUUCAAGCAGAAUCUGGAGAAACAGUUCUUGUUCAACAAAACCACCGCAGACGAACAGGAGAUGAACAUGGUUGCCACGGGCAAAAGUGGUCAUUUGGCGCCCUCCAGGAUAGAAGAAAUGGUGGAGUAG